UUGUAUGUGUAUAAAAGCAAACCCUGGUGUGUACGUGUAUUUGUAUUUAUAUUUAUCUGUAUGUCGGCUGUGGAGGACAUGAAGAAUAAUAAGAAAAGGAGUGGGAAUUUUGCACGAGAUCGAGGCUGCACACUCAAUAUGCUCAGUUUAACAAAACUAUCGCUCAAUCUUAUGCAAAAUAAACGUGUUGGGAUCAGUAGGAAAAAAAGAAAGUGUCAACGUCAAGAUCCCUCCUCAAAGGACUGGAUCAGUGACUUGACAGAUGAAAUCCUCAUUGAUAUUGUGUCAUUAUUGCCAAUGAAAGAAGCUUUGAAUAUCAGUAUUCUUUCAAAAAGGUGGAGGCAUAUUUGGAGGUCUACUGUUAUUUUGAAGUUUGAUGGUUCAAACAAGUUGCCUUCCUCUAUUUGGAAUAAAAAAAGUCUACAAAGACUCGCCUUUGUAACAUGGGUGGAUAGAGUUCUAGACUCCCAUUAUGGUUCUGUGGUAACAGAAUUUAGUGUUUGUUAUGCCCUAAAUAAAAGGGCUGCUUGUCAUAUCAAUCAAUGGAUUUCUUUUGCUGUAGGGAAAAAAGUUCAAAGGCUUGAGCUAAAGUUGGAAUAUAAAAAUUCUUCCUUCUCUGGAUUGUACACCUUCCCAUCUUCUAAAUUCAAAGCCGAAGAAGCGUCAUCUAUAAAACACUUGGCUUUAAAUGCAUGCCGAGUGUAUUCUCCUGGGUUUGAUAGUUUCAGAUCUCUUAUAACUCUUUCUUUGGAUCAUGUGGUUUUAACUGACAUUGUCUUCAACAACAUUUUUUUGAAUUGUUCGCAUCUUGAGCAUGUUAGUGUUGUAGAAGCCAGGGAGCUGGUUAAUGCAAGAGUUGUUGGACCAAAUCUACCUUUGAAACAUUUAAAGUUGUGUAUUUGCGAUCAGUUGGAGAGUAUUGAGAUAUGUGCAAUGAAUCUUGUGAUAUUUAUAUAUAAAGGCAAACCAAUAAAUCUGUUCCUUAGGAAUGUUCCAAUGCUACGGGAGAUCCAGUUUUUUGCCAGUGAUGUAAUGAUUAAUGAUACAAUAGCUUCUACUCUUAGCCAAGUUGUUUCGCUUGAAACUUUAGCCUUGUUUUGCGAGAAUGUGUGGAACGAAACCAAAGAACAUCUUGAGAUAAAAUCAAGAGUGUUUCCGACCUUUUUUAAACUUAAAGUUUUGGUGUUGACGGUCAGGACAUUUUCUUGGAGUGGUUACAUUGGAUUUCCUUCUCUUCUAAGGGCAUGUCCAUUAUUGCAGAGAUUAGGGAUGCAUUUUGACUUUCGCCGUAUGGAUCUUGAAUUUCGUUCAGAUGAAAUGAGGACGAGCCCAGAAAGUCGAUGCCAAUUCCUUAAAGAGGUUGAGCUGAGUGGGUUUCUUGGUCAGAAAUUUGACAUGGAGCUGGCUGUGUAUCUUAUAAAGGCCGCUGUUGUGUUGCAAAGAAUGACCAUACGUAGCUAUUGUAGAUAUUUCACUUCAAGGGGAUGGAGAGAUUGUCAGAUAUGGGAGCCAGAGGAAAUCGAGAUGAUUAGAGAACGUGCUGCACAGCUCCACAAAGAGAUGCCUCCAACAGCUAAAUUGGUCAUCCUUUGAAUUAUUAUAAUUAUUUAUAAAGCAGUUGAACUUCUUUUGUUACUGUGCUUUUGAUAAAUGAAGAUUAAAUGGUACAUGUAGCUUGUAGCUGUAGGA